CAUCUGCAGUUCCUUCUUACACAUUUCGUCCCACCCCCGCUGCCAUGUCCGGCCAGUCCGUCUCCUUCCUCUUUCCCUCGGAGAGUCGGCUUGUUGCCGGAAGCGUUGUGGGACUGGCAGCCAUGGCCUGCCUGCUGGAGCUGGAGGAGAAGUUAAGCUGCCCCAUCUGCAUGGAGCUCUUCACUGAGCCGGCCACCAUGCCGUGCGGCCACAGCUUCUGCCUGGGCUGUCUGCAGGACUAUCUGGGGCGGCAGCGGCAGCCCGACUGCCCGAGCUGCAGGACGGCCUUCGAGCCGCAGCUCCAGCCGCUCGCCAAGAACCUGGUGCUGGACGAGAUGGUGAAGAUGGUGAAGAUGGUGAAGCUGAGCGGUGGAAGCAGCCCCCUACGGGCCUCCACUGAGCUAGGGGCUUGCCCGGCCCACUCCAAGCCGCUUGACCUGUAUUGUAGGCGGGACCGCUGCUGCAUCUGCUCCGCCUGCGCCGUUAAGGACCACCGGGAGCACCCGGUGGUCACUGUGGAGGACGAGUGGGCGCAGCGGGAGAAGGAACUUGUGGUAAAACACGAGGAGAUUGAGCGCCAGGAAAAGAAGACAGAAAAGCUGAUUGAUGCACUCAGACAGCAAAGUAAAUCUAUUAAGGACUCAGCCUCCCGAGCACAAACGAGCUACAUCAACAAGUUUGACGUGUUGGCAAAAGAGCUGGAAGAAGUAAAGGCCAAAGUGAUUGAGUACAUAGUGACCAAGGAACGCGGCUCAUUGGAACUAGUUGACUGCACCAUGGAGAAUCUGGAAGAGAGGUGCGCUGAGUUAAGAGAGGUCAGGCUGAAGCUGGAGACCACGCUGAAAACCAAUGACCCAUUACAGAUGUUACAGUUCCCUCAAGAGAUUCAGGUACUGAAAAAGAGUCCCCCAGACAUGGUGUGGCCUGUCCCAGGGCUGGGAGUAGAGGACAAGCUAGAGGCAGUGAAACAAGGUUUAGAGGAGAUCUCCUUACUUAUCUACAAGGGCCUCCAGGGCUGCUUCAGGCAAGCUCCUGAAUCAAAGGAAUUCUCAGAAUCCUCUGGGAACAUCCGUAGUAUUUCAGUGAAUCCUGAGCCUCGGGCACUCCCAUCAUCUUCACACAUCAGGGAGCCAUUCAUACUGAAUUACCGUCAGCUGAGCUUCAAUCCCAACACUGCUCACCGAUACCUCACUCUGUCCAAGGACGGCUGCAGGGUGUCCCACAGAGGGGCCCAGAAGUAUCCGAUUCGGGCAGAGCGGUUUGAAAGGGAGUGGCAGGUGCUGUGCUGUGAGAGCCUUGAUGCAGGCCAACACUACUGGGAGAUGCAGAUCAGCAGCCAGUGGGCCUACCUGGGAGUCACGUACAGCACGAUUGAUAGGUGUGGCACCUCCUCGCUGAUCGGCAGAAACAAUGUCUCCUGGUCACUGCAAGUCUUCAGCAUGAGCUGCUCCGCCUGGCACGCAGACAAGGAAGUGAAGCUGCCUCCAACAAAGUACCAACGUUUCGGGCUGCACCUGGACUAUACUGCAGGGACCCUGGACUUCUACGGCAUCGGUGACACCAUGACCCUGAUCCACACCUUUCACUCCGUCUUCACCCAACCCCUCUACCCUGCUGUCUGGGUGGGCGAGAACGUUGUUGCCUCACUUUGCCAGCCUCAGUGAGGGCGACAGCAGGAAGAUGUUUCCUAACAUCUCCAGUAGGGAAAUCGGAGCAGGAGUAU